GGCUGCGCCAGGUGCGGACGCUGGUUGAGUGUGGUGCUGUCGUGUUCACAGUUCACGGGGCAGAGGAACCAGGAAGUGUCGCAGUCCGGACCCCGGUGAGUGAGGAUGGCGCUGCGGACUGUCGCGAGCCGCCUGUGGCAUUUUCAGAGGCACAGUUUCCAGAUCGUCUCCGUUCAAACUCCGGGAGCUGUCACAUUCAAAAGCACCUGCCCGGUCGGUCUGAGUCAUCUGGACCAUCUGGUCCUCACAGUGAAAAGUGUCCCGGACACCAUCCACUUCUACACCUCCGUCCUCGGCAUGGAGGUGGUCACUUUCAAGGGAAACCGUAAGGCUCUGAGUUUUGGGCAGCAGAAGUUUAACCUUCACCAGCUGGGUCAGGAGUUUGAGCCAAAAGCCAAGCAUCCGACCUCAGGCUCUGCAGACCUGUGCCUCAUCACCAACACCCCUCUGGCCACAGUGGCUGCGCAUUUGAAGGUUUGUGGAGUAGAGAUAGAGGAGGGUCCGGUGGAGAGGAGCGGGGCUGUGGGGCCCAUCACCUCUCUGUACUUCAGAGAUCCAGACCACAAUCUCAUUGAAGUGUCAAACUAUAACCAGUCAUCAUCAGAGGGCUCGUCUUGAGAACAUCCGAACCCUGAUGAACUCUACUCUGCUCUGUGACUGUUUCAGCUGUGAGGUUUUGAGAGGAAGAAGACUGUACUGUACUGUACUGUACUGUACUGUACAACACACACUGAGAUUAGGGUAGAUAACAUCAGUUGGCUAUGCACACAAACAGUUCACGUAUAGUUCUGCUACAUUAAUCAUGUGUGAAUAUAGCUGUUUUAUCUAUUAUAGUAAAACUGAAAGUGAGAAAUGAUCAUAUCCUGAAGAUGUUGGGUGACACUUUGUCGUCUAAAGGGAAGAAUGUUCUUAUUCUGUGAAGAGAAUCUGUUGUAAGAACCAUGGCUCAAAAUAAAAGGCUCUUCUAUUUA